CGUGCUCCGUACUCCAGCGGCGGUCCGUCCACACUCGCGUGUAGCCGCACCCGGCUUGGCGCUCCCUGGUUUUCGCGAAAUAAUUCGCAGCUGCAGCCUCGAGGAAGGCUGAUCGUCGGUGUAAACGAUUCUUUGUGAAUCGCCGGAGGUGACAGUAUUAGUGAGGUGAAGUGCGCCACGAUUUGUACGGAGUUCGAUCUUUUUGGGCGUUCUGUAGGAAGGAGAGCUGGCGCGGCGCGCACGAGAGGCCGCCUCUAGAAAAAGAGCGCGUCUCGCGCGUUGCGCUACAUUGGAGUACGCGAUGCUCGGGAAAGUAUAUCAGCAAACGCAACGAAUUCGAAAGGAAAACGUAAUCACGCUGAAAACGAUAAUGAUCGAAUAAAGGUGCGUCAAAGUUUUACAAGUCGCGGAUCACCGAGAAAUUUUGGCCGGUCGAACCGGGAACAAGAGAGAGAGAGGGAGGAAGAAAGAAAGAGCGAGGAGGCUGGCGCGCGGCGAGGCCACCUCGGUAAAAGACCGCGUCUUGCGGGUACGGUGGUGUGCUGCGGUGCCUAUUGUGCGAUACAGUCGUUGAAGCUUAUCGACAUUCGUGGAAUCAUUAUAUAUAUCUUCGUAACGUAUGGUAAACGAUAGAUCGACGAAAGAUUUAUCGAACAAGUCAGUGCACAGUGUCAACGCGUUACCCGCGGACCUAUACGGGAAACCCAACCGGCGGCGAUAUAUCCCGCGUGGUACGUAUACGCACGCAGGCAUACGCACGUAAGCACCGACACGUACGUGUGGCAUGCACAUUCGCAAAGCGCUGUGGACUCGUGGAAUCGUCGUUUAGUCGCGUGUAUCGAAGUGGCCUGUCGCGAAGCGCGCUUAACAGAGAUCCAACACCGUGGAAAACGUGCCUGUCGAACGCACGCCGAAAGAGAAAGAGAGGGAGGGAGGAAGAUAGAGAGAGUGCGAAAGAGAAAGAUCGGUGCAGGAGGAGAGGUAUCCGUCGUUCGACGAUUGGCGCGUGGCGUAGACAUUCGACGGUCACUUGGCACGUAUGUAGUGCAAUUAUUCCCCGGUUAUCCCGUUUCGUCCCCGUGAAGCAGACAUUAUUUAUGGGUGCAUGGAUCGGUGCAUUUUCACGAGCGAAACAAAAGACGUGGAACGGAACCAGAACGCCACCAGCACGAACACGGUCCCCUUUGUUCGGCACAGCGAUACCUCGAUAACGAUUUGUUCGAAUUUUAAAAUCGUGCCUUACGAUUAUACCGGAAGGAAGUUACGUACGCGGCUAGUAAAGUACACCGACAUCGAAAGUGCGUGCAAAGGGUGUGAAAUGCGUCGCGCUGCAGUUCGAUGUUCGAUCCAGCAGCGGCGGCCGACCUGACUUUGUCAGAUUGCCUCUCGACGUCGUCGCCGAUGCCGCCGCCGUCAUCGUCAUCGUUGUGCACCUCUCGGCUUCAGUCCAACAAUGGAUCAGCGCAGCUGCGGUACGCGAUUCGAAAUCCUCCCGGUAGCGGAACAAACGGAUACAAAGUGAUUCAUUCGUUUGCUUGCGUUUUCGAGCUGCAUUUAAAUCGUCUUGCUCUUGGUGAUUAAAGUUAACCGUCGUGCCGACAUUUCGCGCGUUCUAUAUGCGCCAUAGAUUUCGCACAUUAUUGACUUCGUCGAUCCGUGCAAUCGAUAAUAUUGCAUCACGUUAACGAGCACCUCCGGUUGUGUUGCUUUGCAGUCAACAGGCGAACGCGUUCAUUGAAUUAAGAACGAAAUAAAUCGUCCGCAUACAGUUGUAGUUCAAGACGUAUACGCUUUAUUAUAAGACGUCGCUCGAAUUUGUUUAUGUAUAAGCGCGAUUCUGCGCUUGAUAUGAAACGGUCCCGGGUUGCGUCCUACUGCAAGAAUGAUCGACCAUUUAUUCUCCGCACUGUUCCAAAUGCAGCGGGAAGCUUUCGAUGUUUGAGUGAUCGAAUAAUCGAUUGAAAAGUACAUGUUUUUAAGUAAGAUUAUACAAAAAGAAAGAAAGAAAUUUGAUAAAUUAAACGAAGCGUAACGAAGGGUAAUACACCUGAAGCUGAUACGCGGAGGAAAAUAUAGAAACUUGUCGGUCGUUAUGAUAUCGCGCGCGAAUGAUACAAACACCAUAAAAACGCGCAGGAAGCAUUGUAAGAAUCAUUUCUACGUUACUAUCGAACAUUAGUAACAUUACGCAAACAUAUAUCUGAAAAUAUCGCAUUAUAGCGUGAAACGAUUUAUUGGCGUAUAACAAUGCAGCAACACCGGGUCGAAACACAAAUACUCCACGAGGAGCAGAUCCUGGAGGCGAUAGAUCAGUUGCGUCGCCGUAAAGCGCGACCCGACGCUGACCGCAUCUGCAAUUAUUUAUUGCGGAAAUUCUCCGUAGAUGCACGGGACACGAUAGCCGAUCUUCAUAGAUUAAUCGAAGCGGAGAAGGUGAUCCAGGUGGAUUACAAGGGUAACACCAGUUACCGAAAUGCUUCGAAAUGGUCACGAUUGCAGCUUUACAAAAAUCGACCGGAGGGUUUCGUGAAGGAGAAGUUGAACUCUUUGAUGGUGGCGGGCGCCGUAGCCGAGCUCGUUGUAGAAGAGCCGGAUUAUCUCGAUCAGGGUGUACCAGCAUAUAGGUUGGUCGAGCAGCUGCUCGAUGGUGUCUCGAAUCCUACCUCUCGGCGUAUGGUUGAGGAUUUCCUUGGGAAAGAAGUGGCUAGUGGAAAUUUGACGCGUCUCUCAAACGGUAAUUAUUCGCUGGUGGAGACGUCUGAAAUGACGUCUGUCGAACCAACGCAUCGAGAAUCUUUUACCCUCGAGAAUGGAAACGCACGACGUAAAGAAUUGCACACGGUUUCCUCGACGACGGGUGGCCUGUACGAUUUCGACGAGACAGAAAACUUGACAAUUACGGACUCUAGAUCAAAUACGCCGAGAUCCUCGCGUCAAGUUAGCCCGAAGCCUGAUCCACAGAUCAAGAAGGAAGAAUGUUUUGAAAUAAUUGUUGGCAGGAAUGAAAACACCGAAUCGUCAGUGGAACAUGACUCUUUGAAAGAACAGGUAUCGCUGGAACCUUCGCAAACAUCUGCCGAGGAUGGAAAAGAAGAGUCGAAAACCACAGACAGUCUGUCACAUAACCUCAAAAGAUCGUCGAAGUCUGAGCGUAAACAGCGCCUACUCGUUCGAACAGAUGAUCCUAUGGACAUAGAGAUCAAGUUUGAGGAUUAUCGGAAAGACAAUAAAGAGGACACGAAUUCACAGAAAGAAAAAAGAGAUGAGAGCGGACACCUUAGCGAGGAACGAGAAGACGACGAUGCGGGAAGAAGUUCUACUAAUCCCUCCCCUACACCGUCGAGUGUUAACGUUGGUGGUUUUCGUAGUGCUCGCAGAAAGAGAGCAAAAAAAGUAUUUGAUCCUUCUGACAAUAAUCUUGUGAAACGGAAACGUGGAAGACAGCCAGGUUCACAAAAUAAAACUACUUUAUCUCAAGAAACUCAAGACACUACUAAAGUAACUGUCAAAGACGGCCCUUGUAGGCAAUGUAGUCUCUGUGCCAAAGAAAAGCAAGAAAGUUUGGUUGCUUGUCGAGAUUGUACAGUUAGAGCACAUCCAAGUUGUAUAUAUAGCCCAGAAGAAAUGCUUCAAAAGGUGGGUAGUAAUUGGCAGUGUGAGCGCUGUAAAAGUUGUACAAUAUGUUGUGAAACUUCAGAUGCGGGUCCACUUGCAACAUGUUUUACAUGCGAUGAAGCUUAUCAUUAUUAUUGUCAUACUCCACGGAUAAUAAUACCAAAAUCGAAUUCAAAGUGGCAGUGCAAUGACUGUGUUCAGAAGCAAUAUAAACCAAGUAUAAACCAGAAUAUUAGUCUGGUUACGAGUAGACCUGAUACACCAUCGAAUCCUGUUUUACCUCCAGUUUUAAGUCCUCAAGUUUCUCCUGCCAGAGGGUCUUCUGAUCAAAUGGAGGAUGAUGGUCCAAGAGAUGGAAUUGAUCCAAAUAUACCUGAUGCUUCAGAUUGGACAUCUGAACAAGUGUACCAGUAUUUUGCAAGACUUUUUCCAAAGGAAGCUGAAGUGUUCAGACAACAGGAUAUUGACGGCCACUCUUUAUUAUUGAUGAAACGAUCAGACGUUUUGAGUGGGCUAGAUCUACUUUUAGGUCCAGCAUUGAAAAUAUAUAGACAUGUAUUGAAAUUGCAAGUGAGAAGAGAUGAUCCAAAACUUUAUUGGCUGUAAAUGCUUUAAUAACUUAAGUAGUUAGGAUAACAUUUAAAGAAGGUUGAUUACUUAUUGUACUGUACAGAUAAAUUCUUUUUACAUUUAAGGAUUGUGAAUAUUUUUUUUAUUCGAGAUACUUUUUCAUAUUGUACAUAUUGCAGUUAUCUUGAAUUAAAAAAAUAAUUCUUUAUUAUAAAAACAAUAAGAUAAAGUAAUUACAAAAGUGAA